CUGGCUGCAGAGUGGUGUUUGCUCCUCCUCGCGCCCCCGCUGUUAACAAGAUGUCUUCAGGAACUGCAAAAAUUGGGCACCCUGCCCCCAACUUCAAAGCUACAGCAGUUAUGCCUGAUGGUCAGUUCAAAGAUAUCAGCCUGACUGACUACAAAGGAAAAUACAUAGUGUUCUUUUUUUACCCUCUUGACUUCACCUUCGUGUGCCGUACGGAGAUCAUUGCUUUCAGUGACAGGGCAGAAGAAUUUAAGAAACUCAACUGCCAAGUGAUUGGUGCUUCUGUGGAUUCUCACUUCUGCCAUCUCGCUUGGAUCAACACACCCAAGAAAGAAGGAGGCCUAGGGCCUAUGAACAUUCCUUUGGUAUCAGACUCCAAGCGCACCAUUGCUCAGGACUAUGGGGUCUUAAAGGUGGAUGAAGGCAUCUCGUUUAGGGGCCUCUUCAUCAUUGGUGAUAAAGGAAUCCUUAGGCAGAUCACUGUAAAUGACCUCCCUGUUGGCCGCUCUGUGGAUGAGACCCUGAGACUGGUUCAGGCCUUCCAGUUCGCGGAUGAACAUGGAGCAGUGUGUCCAGCUGGUUGGAAGCCUGGCAGUGACACUAUCAAGCCUGAUGUCCAGAAGAGCAGAGAGUAUUUCGCCAAGCAGAAGUGAGCACUGGAACAUUUCAGUGCUAGGCUGCAAUGAGUAGCCUUGAGAAAAACAAACAAAACCUCUUUUGUAUUCUUCAUGUUUCAAACAUAAGGCCUUAGACUCUACUGAGAACAUGGUAUUUGAUAUGGUAGGCUUUUUUUGUAGGGGCUGGGGAGGGGCCGUCUUUCUACACCGCAGUGAAAAUGACCCUGAGCUGUUUUGGGCAGGGCAGCUGAUGUGUAUCAUGUACUAGUAGCAGGGCAUAAGCCCAUUGAUCUAUUGUAGUUGUAUUAAACUU